AUGAUCGAGGCCCACAACUUGUCUACCCCAACGCCCAUCUGCGGCCUGCCUGUAAGCGGCGAUGAAAGGCGAGACUUCGAAGGCGUCGGUGGAUGGCGCUCAUACCCUGCAUCCAAAACACGCAGCUCGCAUACUCUGCACGGGAAAGCGACAAGCUCGGCCUCGUCCUCUUCGAUACAUAGCACCGGUGACAUCAAUCUAGACGCAGACAUUGAUGCAGACGAACGAGCCUGGCUAUCUCUAAAUAACCGUCUCGAGCUCCCCUCGCAACUCGUCAUGUUAUGUACAAGUGUCCACGCCGAAAGCACCCUAAACAGCCCCGAAAGCACCGACUGGCGUAAUGGCCGAAGCAAUCUCCAAUCGCCGACGGGAGCAAGGGCCUCGCAGGGCAUCUACCCCGAUCAGCAACAAGACGGGUCAAGACACCACCGCCGUUCGCUCACUACUUCAUCGCUAACGACCUCUGACCGUCGCACGGGCAUGGGACUCUCCCUAGCGCUGUCAAACAGGCCUGAUACCGCCGCUGUUAAUUCGAGGGAGUACAGCCAGUCGAUGAUGUCACCAACAGCGCGACUCAAUGCUCCGUUUAUGACGCCCCAGCCAUACCUGCGGCUGGAUUCAAACUCGUAUUCUCAGUCGGGGGCUCUCCCGCGCGCCUUCCCUGCCAGCGAUGCACCAUUCACGAGCUCAUAUCUCUCCACCUCUGGGGAUGGGCUGGGUCACAGCUUCGGGAGCAAUAGUAGUGGCGGGAGCUUUGGCGGGGGUGGGUACUUUUCUUUGAGGCGCCCUGGGUCCUCUAGCAGCCAUAUUCUCUCCGGCAGGGUUAGUCCCAAUGCUAGUGGGUAUACUACUCCCGGGAUUGGUCUGUCGACGGAAGAGCGUGAUGCUCCAUCGGUGGGGCUAGCACGCUUGAUGGCACAUUAUCCCACUAGCCCUAGGCAUCGGAGACAAAGUACCCCUGGACUGAAUUCGAGAGGGCUGACUGCUGGUGAUCGAGCUGAAUGA